UUUUGAUUCUUUUGAGCGACCACUGCGAAGAUGUAAGCGAAAACCUUCAUCGAAACUACUACCUAUAUGUGAAAAAACAAGUCAAUGGUGGAAGACAGAAGGAAAUCGUCUUUAUGUUACCGCCCACUUAAUGGAAGCGAUAGGAGAGUUCUACCAUGAAAAAACCUGUCGGGCGUGCCAGAAAAAGGCGAAUGGAAAUCAUCAAGAGCUUAUUCGUUUAUCACAUCCGCGUAAACAUUUGAUGGAUUUAAAAUUUUCUACAACUGAUAAAUCAUUCUGUCAGCUAGUCAGAGAUAAUAAAUUCAAAAGACUAAUUGCCAGUUUUGAAAUGUUUACCAAUCUGCUAUCUAUUAUGUGGUUACCAACUAGACCUGUUGAUAAUGUUAGAGAAUAUGCUGUUGCUAAAUACGCUGCAAUCCACUAUAUUUUAUCAACACAUUCUAUUCUACCAUCUGCUGAGUGUUUUACAGAGAAUGAUAUACAAAAAAUUAUGCAUUUACCGUCGGAAUGGAUUGGUGGGUUACCAAGAAAAGAAGAUACAAGAUGUAUAACAAAAUUUAUGUCUAGAUUCGCUGAUAUUUUCUCACAAAAAAUUGAUCCUGAAGGAGCUGAAGAUCCUUUAGAUGAACAUGCUCGACAACGUGGUCAACGAAUAUUUCUGGAGAUCAUACGUUAUGCAUCUGCUGUGGAAGAUGGUGAAAUCAAAAGACCAAAUUCUAAGACUGAUGCCCAAUUAACUGAAUAUUUACAACCAAUAAAUUCUUCUGAAGAACUAGAAGACUUACCACCACUGGAUUGGAAUGAUCAACUAUCUCGACCGAAUGUGAAAAUACGUUUAAUGCCUAAAGUGAAAAAAUAUCUACUGCCUACAGAAUCAAGAUUUAGAAAACCAGUCAGUCAACCGUCUUCAUCACAACAAACUCCCUAUUAUCAGGCUUAUGCAUCAGAAUCAUUUAGCGAUUUAGGAGAUGCCAUGAAAAAUGUACCUACUAAUCUAUUAGCGAAUGUAGAAAAUCUACAAAAAUCACGUGCUCUUAAAAGAGCACCAAUACAUUUAUUAUGUCAUCGUCAAUUCGAUCACCUAACAAGAAAACCUGAAACACUCUAUGAACAAUUUGCUAACGAUGAGAAAUACUUUCAUCAUGUUGUCAGUUAUCUACCACAUUAUCAGUAUACACUGCCAAUAUUGCUAAAAAUACAAAAUAAUCUAAUACAGGCAGCAUCAGAAAAAGAAAUGGGUGAAAAAAUUAAAAGACCAAAAUUAGCUGUAAUUAAAACUCCAAUGAAAACAACUAAUGAUAUUUAUAAGCCGAACCGAUGGAAUCCUAAUCGUAGAGCUUAUAUAGAAAAUCCAGUGAAAAUAACUGAUGUACUGAAGGGUAGAAAGGAAUAUAAACUAUCUGAAAAAUAUUAUAAAAAGUGUCAACCGUCGUUGUUGUCAUCAUCCGGUGUAGCAUCAUCAUUAUCAAAUUCACUAGUUGAACAGUAUAACUACUCAAAUACAAAUAGGAUGAACACUGUAUUCAAUCAACAGAAGCUGUCAAGCGGAUAUUCUUCUUCACCGUUGGUGAAAUGUAAUACUGCCAAGGAGAAUGGUAAUAAUAACCGUCUUCUGAAACUUCCAGAUAUUACUGAUGUAAAAAAUCAUUCGAAUGUCUUAAAAUUUCCAAAAAUAGUCAAUCAAACUAAGCAUAAACCUUCUAAAUUCUUAACAAUAUCACAUUCAGCCAUACCUAGACAAAAAGAAUUAGAAGAUCAAACAUUUUCAUUAAUGGAUAAUUUAACCCUAUGGCAGGUAAGUUUUGUGUCAAAUGAAGCAAUUUUAAUGGUUUAA